GUUUUCUUGAUUGAUUUUCCGUUCACCCAAACACUUUUCUCUACUGUGUUCUUCAAUGGCGACUCAAUCUUCGUCUUAGACCAUUUCCGCAACAACUGCCACCGCUUCCGCCACUUCGUCGUUCGCUCCUGUUGUUUUCUCCCACAAGAUUUCUGUGAAGCUUGAUCAUCACAAUUUCCUUCUCUGGCGUCCUCAGAUUCUUUUGGCAAUCAAAGGUCACAAGCUUCAAAAGUUCAUCUCCUCCGAUUCCGUUCCUCCACCGAAGUACCUUAUUGAAGCUGACUAAAUCUCGAAUACUCUUAGUGAGGCGUAUAUACAGUGGGAGCAGCAGGACCAACUUCUCUACUCUUGGCUCCUAUCAUCGAUGACUGAGGGGAUUCUCACCAAAGUUGUUGGAUUUGAAACUUCUGCUCAGGUUUGGGCUGUUCUUGAGGUAUACUUCACAACUCAUACCUCGGCUAAAAUUGAUCAAUUCACUACUCAGCUUCAAAAUUUUAAGAAAGGAUCUCUUGCUUUGACUAACUAUCUGUUGAAAGUUAAAUCCAUUGUUGAUAGACUUGGAUCUAUUGGUCUCAAAGUCUCUGCCAAAGAACACAUUGCUGCUAUUUUCAAAGGUUUACCACCUGAGUAUGAUACUUUUAUCAUCUUCGUGAACUCUCGUUCUCAGCCCUAUACGGUUGCAGAGAUUGAAUCUCUUCUCUUCUCGCAAGAGCAUAGAAUGGAGCGCCAAACUCAAGAGCAUAGAAUGGAACGCCAAACUCAAGAGCUUGAUUCUGUUAAUCUUGCUCAGUAUCGUGGUUACAAAGGAAGAGGUACUUACUCGAACAACUCUUCCAAUUUCACUAAUCGCUCUAAUUCUUCUGCUUCAAAUUUUUCUGGCAAUAGCACUGUUGCUCCGAAUCCUAGCACUGGUCGUGGCUUGUGGAAUUCGUAUGCUGCAAGUCCUUGUGGAGGCUUCUCCUCCAGUUCAACUACCACUAGCAGGGCAAUAAUACUCGGGGAUAUUCCUCAUCUCGACCUAUUUGUCAGCUUUGUUCAAGGCCAGGACAUGUUUCUUCUUGCUGCUAUCAACAAUUUAAUACGGAGUUUCCAGGAGUAGGUGCUGCCAAUGUUGACAAACCAUCUGCUAACAUUGCUACUGCAGACUCUGUUAAUGAUAUGGCUUGGUCUCCAGAUUCGGGAGCUACUAGUCACUGUAUAAUAGAUGAAAAGAAUUUGAUGCAGAAAGUUGACUACAUUGGUUCAAACAAGAUUCAUAUGGGUGAUGGAGGUGGCUUGAACAUUCAAAAUGUUGGUAAGACAACUUUCUACACUCCCUUCACUUCUCUAUCUCUAGUCUUAAAUCGUUUAUUGCAUGUUCCCAAAAUAACCAAAAACUUAAUCAGUGUUUCUCAAUUUUCUUGGGAUAGCAAUGUUUAUUUCAAAUUCUUUUUUGAUUAUUGUCUUGUGAAAGAUUAGGAUUCCAAGCAGGUGGUAAUGCGAGGAACACUACAUAAGGGGUUAUAUGUGUUUCAUCCUUCCACUAUGCAUCUCGUUCCUCCUCCAGCUUCACAUUCUUCUGUUUUUCUUUCUGAAUUUGAUUCUGUCAAUAAUACUCAGUUGAGUACUUGUAAUAAUACUUUAUGUUCCACUUUUCGGUUAUGGCAUUAUCGCCUUGGACACCCUUCCUCAAGGGUUGUCAAAUCUAUUCUCCCCAAGUGUAACAUUGCUCAUAGUAAUAAAACUAUUCAUGAUUUUUGUAAUGCUUGCUGUAAAAGAAAGAUUCAUAAGUUUCCUUUUCCAAAUUCUGAUACACAAUAUCAUUCCCCCUUACAGUUGAUACACUUAGAUUUAUGGGGACCCUCACCCACACUCAUUCAAUGGCUACAAGUAUUAUAUUCAUUUUAUUGAUGCCUAUUCUAGAUACACUUGGGUAUACCUUUUGAAAAACAAAUCUGAAGCAUUCCAAACAUUCAUCGACUUUAGGACUCAAGUGGAAAAACAAUUUAGUUAUCCUAUUAAAGCCAUUCAAGUUGUCCUAUUAAAGCCAUUCAAUCCGAUUUGGGGGGGGGGGAGUAUCAAGCAUUUAAAAAUUAUCUCAUUCAAAAUGGUAUACAACAUAGAGUUUCUUGCCCCAUUGCACAUGAACAAAAUGGCUUGGCUGAGAGGAAACAUAGACAUCUUAUUGAGACAUCCUUGACCUUGUUAGCUAAUGCUUCAAUGCCUCUUAAGUUUUGGGAUGAGGCUGUUAGAGCCUCUGCCUUUCUAAUUAAUAGAGUACCCUCUAAAACAAUAGGUAAUUCCACUCCUUUCCAAAUACUUUUUCACAGAUCCUGACUACUCACAAGUAAAAGAUUUUGGCUGCUCUUGUUUUCCUAACACUCGCCCUUUUAAUGCUAGCAAGCUUCAAUUCAGAUCUACCAAGUGCACCUUUCUUGGCUACAUCUUAAAUCACAAGGGCUACAAGUGCUUAUCUUCCACGAGUAGAAUAUACAUUUCUCGUGAUGUUCUUUUUAAUGAAUUUUCUUUUCCUUAUUCUACUAUGUCAUCAUCUGUUCCAACUCCUAUCUCCUCUCAUUCCUCUUCUUCACAUUGCACUACUUCUAAUUUCAUUCCCAUUUUUUCCUCAACUCACGUCAACUAACAUUUCUUCCCACCCUUCACUUCCAUCUCCUAUCACUUCUCCUCUGUUUCAUCACCCAUCUACUAAUUCUGCACUCUCAGAUUCUCUACCUUCUCAUUCACCACCCAUUAUUCCUACACUCGCCCCCACUCCUUCUAUAUCUCAGCCAUCCACUCCUCACGUUUCUUCACCUCUAUCAUGCCCUUCAUCAACACAACCACCUAUUUCUUUGAUGGUCUUACCUGCAUCAUCUUUACCAAGUGCCUCUAACACUCAUGCGAUGACUACAAGGGCCAAAGCAGGUGUGUAUAAACCUAAAGUCUUUAUUGCUUCUAAGGAACCACUUACUGUGGCUGUGUGGCUGAAGCUCUUACUAAUCAGGCUUGGAAAACUGCAAUGCAAGAGGAAUUUACUGUUCUUCAAAACAACCAGACCUGGACUUUAGUUUCUCUGUCUGGCAGAAAAGCAAUAGGCUGCAAGUGGGUUUUUAAGUUGAAAGAAAAUCGUGAUGGGUCUUUCUGACUAGUUGCAAAGGGCUACAAUCAAAGGUAUGGUUUUUAUUUUACUGAAACUUUUAGCUCGGUUACAAAGCCUACUACUAUUCGCAUCAUUCUUACUAUUGCCUUGUCUGAAUAGUGGUUAUUGAAGCAAUUAGAUGUGAAUAAUGCUUUCCUAAAUGGUGAGCUGCAAGAAGAGGUUCACAUGACUCAACCCUAGGGUUUGAAGAUCCUAAGGCUACUGGUUUGGUUUGUAAACUUAAUAAGGCUUUGUAUGGCUUAAGACAAGCUCCAAGGACUUGGUUUGACAAGCUUAAGUCUACCCUUUUUGUAUGUGGUUUCAUUUGUUCUAAAGCUGAUAACUCCUUGUUUAUUAGACAAACUAAUCUUCACACUACAUAUAUCUUAGUAUAUGUAGAUGAUAUUGUAAUUAUAGGGAGUUCUACCACUGCAAUACAACUACUUAUUUUAGAUCUUAACAAGGCAUUUGCGUUAAAAGAUCUAGGGGAGCUUAAUUACUUUCUUGGCAUCCAAGUAGAACACGCUUCGGAUGGGCUUAAUCUAUGCCAAAAGAAGUAUAUUACUGAUGUCUUAACCAAGGCUAAACUCCAAUUUUCUAAUAGUCUUGGCACACCUAUGACAGGGGUUCAUGCAUACUCCUCUUGCAUCUCAUUGGAAGACAGUGAAACGGAUUCUCCGCUAUCUCAAAGGGACUUGAUUUUGGCCUUCACUUACAGACGUGUUCCGAGCUCUCUUUGACUGCGUUUUGUGAUGCCGAUUGGGCAUCGAAUCUUGAUGACAGGAGGUCCACAUCUGGUCUAUGUGUUUAUCUUGGUCCCAACCUUGUUUCUUGGUCCUCAAAGAAACAAAGAACAGUCUCAAGGUCUAGCACAGAAGCUGAAUAUUGGAGCCUUGCUCAUGUCACUGCCGAGGUUACUUGGGUUCAGUCUUUGCUGUCUGAGUUGCAUCUCCAUCUUCCACAGGCUCCUACAAUAUGGUGUGAUAACUUAAGUACAUUUUUGAUGUAUGCAAAUCCACUACUUCAUGCUAGGACCAAGCACAUCGAACUAGACCUCUAUUUUGUGCGUGAAAAGGUGCUGAACAAGUCUAUUGUUGUCAAGCACACUCCGGCUCAUGACCAAGUAGCUGAUAUACUGACCAAAGCUCUGUCACCCUCUCGUUUUUUGCUUCUUAGAGACAAACUUCGAGUGCUUUCCUUGUCCACUCUCAGUUUGAGGGGGAGUACUAGAGCCUAAGUUUGUUAUGUUGAUUGAGACUGUUAGUAUUUAGUUUGUACAGCUGUUAGAUUAGUUGCAAGAUUAGUUAUUCUGUUAGAGGUUAGUUUACUUCUGUAAUCAGCUAUAUAUACUAGUUGUACAGUUCAUUUAUUCUAAUGAGAAUCAGUUUAUUCAUCCACACCUUUUUCACUUUCUUAAGAGUAUUGACUUACAAUUUUCAUGAUAUCUUGCUUUUCAUUACUCUGUUGGUGAAAUGUCAAUUCCUAGAAAUAGUUAAUUUCAUUGGUUCUUUUCAAAUUGU